AAUGCCCGCUGAAACCCUGAUAUAAUGGUGGGCAAAGCUGAGUGCUUCGGGCUAAUAUAUGAGAAGCAGUUGUACUGAGCGUUACUGUAUAGAAACGCUGGUUAUCAGGCGGCGGGGAGAAGAAACAUUGCUCUUUAUUUACUCAAAUUAUAUCCUACGGAGCGGGACUCAAUUCUGCCUCGGACUGCCCGUGUGCAGGGACAGCUUGGAAAACACUGACGCCCGAUAAGGUCCCCUUUUAAAAUCCUGGCUGCUCUUUUUUUGCCCCUUUGUAUAUUUUUUACACCUGUGCGAAAGUGAACAUGCCGUGGUUUUGUGCAGCCCGGAUAACGCUAUUGCUGUGGAUUUUCAGCCGCAUCAGCAGCACCAAUGCAGCGCCCUCGCCAUCCCAGAAGUGUGACGAGGCCCUGGCCACACCCCUUCCCCACGCCGCCUUCUCCAGCUCCUCUGUGUUCUCCAGUGGUUACGCCGCGGGAUACGCCAAACUGAACCAGAGAGGGGGUGCUGGUGGAUGGUCUCCUUUGGACAGCGAUCAUUACCAGUGGCUACAGGUGGACCUGGGCAGCAGAAAACAAGUGACGGCCAUUGCGACACAAGGCAGAUACAGCAGCUCUGAUUGGACGACGCGAUACAGGCUCCUGUACAGCGACACCGGGAGGAACUGGAAGCCAUACCACCAAGACGGAAACAUUUGGGCAUUUGCAGGGAACUCGAACACGGAGAGCGUGAUCCGUCACGACUUACAACAUGCCAUCGUAGCUCGGUACCUGCGAAUUAUUCCUUUGGACUGGAGUGGAGAGGGCCGCAUUGGGCUGAGGAUGGAAAUCUAUGGCUGUCCCUAUUGGGCGGACGUGAUAAACUUCGACGGCCAGGGUGUGAUCUCGUAUCGUUUUAAAAUGAAGAAGAUGAAGAUCUUGAAGGAUGUCAUCACCUUGAAGUUUAAGACCUCGGAGAGCGAGGGGGUGAUCCUGCAUGGGGAGGGACAGCAGGGCGACUACAUCACCCUGGAGCUGAAGAAAGCUAGGCUGGUUCUACAGAUAAACCUAGGCAGCAAUCAAUAUGGCUCCAUACUGGGCCACACAUCAGUGACCAGUGGAAGCUUACUGGAUGACCACCACUGGCACUCGGUGGUCAUCGAACGCUACAGACGGAACGUCAACUUCACCCUGGACCGACACACGCAGCACUUCCGCACCAAUGGAGAGUUUGACUACCUUGACCUGGACUACGAGCUGAGCUUUGGUGGCAUGCCAUCCUCCGGAAAACCGAGCACAGGGAGCAGGAAAAACUUCCGAGGCUGCAUGGAGAGCAUUAGCUACAAUGGUGAUAACAUCACUGACUUGGCAAGAAGGAAGAAGCUAGACACUUCGAGUUUUCGUAACCUGAGCUUCUCCUGCAUCGAGUCCCACACGUCACCGGUGUUCUUCAACGCCACCAGCUACUUGCAGCUCCCAGGGAGAAGCGGCCAUGACACGGUGUCUGUCAGCCUCCAGUUCCGCACCUGGAACCCCAGCGGGCUGCUGCUGUUUGGCAUACUGGCCGACGGUGCUGUGGAGAUGGGCCUGAAAGAGGGCAGAGUCAGCGUCAGCAUCGACGUCACGAGCGGGAAGAGCACGCGCAUUGAUAUAUCGGCAGGAUCAGGACUGCAUGAUGGACAAUGGCAUGAUGUUAGCUUCCUGGCCAAGGAGAACUUUGCCAUGUUGACAAUUGACGGUGACGAGGCUUCAGCGGUGAGGACCAACACCCCCAUUCAAAUCAAGACGGGAGGCUCCUACUACUUUGGAGGUUACUUUCAGCGGACCAGCUCGCCUCCAGCUCAGCGCUCCUUCCAGGGCUGCAUGCAGCUGAUUCACGUGGAUGACCAGCUGGCCGACCUGCAUGCGGUCGAACAAGGCAUGCUGGGAGCAUUCGAGAAUGUCAGCCUGGACAUGUGCGCCAUCAUCGACAGGUGCAUGCCAAACCACUGUGAGCAUGGGGGCAGGUGUACGCAGACCUGGGACAGUUUCAGCUGUAGCUGUGAUGGAACGGGGUACUUUGGAGCCACCUGCCAUACCUCAAUCUAUGAGCAGUCAUGUGAGGCAUACAAGCACCUGGGUAAGACUUCAGACACCUACUGGAUUGACCCUGACGGAAGUGGGCCCCUCAGUCCCUUCAGAGUAAACUGCAACAUGACAGAGGACAAGGUGUGGACGACUGUGACAAACAGUCUGCCCCCGCAGACGUCUGUGAUGGGCUCGAGUCGGGAGAGGCGCACCGUCCUGCAGCUGAACUACAGUGCCUCCAUGGAGCAGGUCUCCGCCAUUACCGGCAGCGCUGAAUACUGCGAGCAGCACGUGGGAUACAGCUGCCGCAUGUCACGCCUGCUCAACACGCCAGAGGGGACGCCAUACACAUGGUGGGUGGGGAAAGGCAACGAGAAGCACUUCUACUGGGGUGGCUCGGGGCCCGGCAUCCAGAAGUGUGUCUGCGGGAUCGAGCGCAACUGCACCGACCCCAAGUACUUCUGCAACUGCGACGCAGACCAGAAGCAGUGGAGAGAAGAUUCUGGACUCCUGGUGUAUAAAGAGCAUUUACCAGUCAACCAGGUGGCCAUCGGCGAUACAAACCGACCAGGCUCUGAGGCAAAGCUAACUGUUGGUCCUUUACGUUGUCAAGGAGACAGCAGUUACUGGAAUGCAGCGUCGUUCAACACUCCAUCCUCCUACCUACACUUCUCCACCUUCCAAGGAGAGACCAGUGCUGACAUCUCAUUCUACUUCAAGACCUCUGCUCCAUACGGUGUCUUCUUGGAGAACCUGGGCAACACCGACUUCAUCCGCCUCGAGCUGAAGUCCCAUAAUAUGGUGUCCUUCUCCUUCGAUGUGGGCAAUGGGCCGGUGGAGCUGAAUGUCCAGUCACCCACCCCCCUCAAUGAUGACCAGUGGCACCGGGUCAGCGCCGAGCGCAAUGUGAAGGAGGCUGUGUUGCAGCUGGACCAGCAGUACAGGGAGGUGCGUCUGGCACCGCCUCAGGGACACACCCGCUUGGAGCUCUACAGCCAGCUCUACGUGGGUGCCGCCGGUGGUCAGCGCGGCUUCCUCGGUUGCAUCCGCUCGCUGAAGAUGAACGGAGUGACGCUCGACCUGGAAGAGAGGGCCAGGGUCACACCCGGGGUGAAGCCCGGCUGCUCUGGCCACUGCACCAGCUACGGGAUCUACUGCCAGAACGGCGGCAAGUGUGUGGAGAAGUACAACGGCUAUGCGUGCGACUGCACCUCCACGGCCUAUGACGGGCCCUUCUGCACUAAAGAUAUUGGUGGUUUCUUCGAGGCAGGAACCCUAAUCAAGUAUAGUUUGGACUCUGACACCACCGCCUCAUCCAAGGACUUGAUGGGUCUAUCUCAGAAUAUGGCCACAGAGACCAACUGGACACGAGAGGAUCUCUCCUUCAGCUUCAGCACUUCCAGUGCCCCCAGCAUACUCGUCUACAUCAGCUCCAGGAUGCAAGACUACAUGGCUGUGGUGCUGCGUCACAAUGGGACUCUUGAGAUCCGUUACGACUUGGGCAGCCUGAGGGAGCCGUUCACCAUCGAUGUGGACCAGCGCAACCUAGCCAAUGGGCAGCCCCACACCGUCAACAUCUCGAGGGUGGGGAGAAGCAUCCAGCUGCAGGUGGACCAUUACCCUCCAGUCAGCUACCGCCUCCCUGACGCGUCAGACACGCAGUUUAACCUCGCCAAGACUCUCUUCCUUGGCAAAGUUUUCGAAACUGGUCACAUCGACCCCGUUCUGAUCGAGAGGUAUAACACGCCAGGCUUUGUGGGCUGUUUUUCACGGGUGCAGUUCAACGACAUUGCCCCCCUGAAAGCUGCCCUGAGGUCACGAAUUACCGCCCCCGUCUCCGUUCAAGGGAAGCUGGUGGAAUCUAACUGCGGGGCCUCCCCUCUCACCAUCCCACCAAUGUCUGCCGCCACAGACCCCUGGCGCCUGGACUCAGCUGGUGCUGACUUCCCAUUCAAUGAGGAACGGGUUAUUCCCGAUGGAGUGAACAGGAAUUCUGCAAUAAUUGGAGGUGUCAUCGCCGUGGUGAUCUUCACAAUCCUCUGCACGCUGGUGUUCCUGAUCCGCUACAUGUUCCGUCACAAAGGCACCUACCACACCAAUGAGGCGAAGGGGGCAGAGACCGCGGACAACGCCGAUGCCGCCAUCAUGGGCCAUGACCCCACUUUCACGGAGACCAUAGACGAGAGCAAGAAGGAGUGGUUCAUCUAAGAGGACAAUGAGAGAGAGAGAGAGAGAGAGAGAGAGAAGAACGUGUACAUAGGCCGGGGGGGCAGGGGUGGGCUUCAAAAACUCUGCACACUUUCCAAUCAGCUUCUGAAGAUUGGGACGAGCGGAAAAUUUGAGGAAUGCUGAGUUUUCCCUAUUGAGCGACUUUGUAUUGUGGCCGGCCUAUCUUUAAUUUUACGGCGUGUUUGGGAGUCUGAGGUGUCAUAUCAGUAUUCGUGUCACAUUGUAAGCACAUCCAGUCGCCACCGGAUGGAUCUGCAGUGCUCUAUUAUUCAUUUCACACCUAAGCAUCUUAGAUACACAUCGCACAUUUGCUUUCUUCCAGAAGCUUCCGAGUGAGUUUUCAGUACAGAGAACAGUACAGUAAGAGGUUUUCCAGCAGGGAGAUGCUGAAUAUUUUUAUUUUGCAAAUGAUACAUGUGGAAAAUAGAGAUUUAUAGCACAUACAGGACUACAUUUUAUUCGUAUAGAUACUGGUCAGUUCUGAAAGGUAAAUAUGGUUGCUUGGUUCAAGGUGGUGUUGAACUGUCAUUAGGUUCAUCCAGCAAACAUCACUGAUUCUGUCUUCGGAGAAAAAUCCUUUUCCUAUAGAUGGUGCACUUUUUAUUUGCCAAAAAUAGUUUUUUAAGAUGUUUUUUUAUUUAUGUGAAAGUGUCGUUCUUUAGACUUUUUGCGAUGUUUACACAACUAGAGAAACUGUGUACCAAGUUCCACAGUCACACAUGAACCAAGAAAGUGGACAAGUUCAGUACCUAGCAGGUUUAAUUGGCAUAAUCCACCCUGCUUUGGAAUUCAGCCACUUAGACCUUUCUGUGGUUUAACACCAUACAAGUAUAAGGGGUUCAGAGAAGUUAAAGACAAAAAGGGCCCAGUGUUUUAUAUAGGACAUGUGAGAGUCAUUUAUUAAUGGAAAUGUUCUCCCUUCUGAUACCGAUCUAUCAGAAUUUGACAAGUUCAAUUUUUAUUUAUUCAAAGAAGUGUUUCUUUGUAUUGUCUGCCUAUAUUUACUUUACACAUUUGCGUUAUACUCAGUUUCAUUGUGUCUGUGGACCAUCUGCAUGAAUUUUACCACCCUAGUUAUUUCUCUUGUUGUUGGAUAAACGAGUGGCUCCAUACCUGAAAAUCUAGAUCUCCUUGAAUUUGGCCAGAACCUCAAGUUCUGACAGUAAGAAUGUUGUAGACAAAACUGGUGUAAUAUAUCUCAGCAGACGCUGUACAAGUGAAGAUUGGAGAGAAAUUGAGCUUAGAGGCCUCACAUUAUUGUUUUAUUUUAUUCCAUCAUCUAAAUUAACUUAGCCGUCUAAGAGGUACAUGAAAUAUUUGCCAUUCCAAAGUUCCAGUUCCAGAAUUUACCAAAACUUGAGUAAAAUGUGGAUAUUAAUUAGCAUCACUGUGACACUACAAACCCAUCCUGUCUUGCAUGCCAUACCUGUAAGGAGGUCCAUCCCCACCCGCAUAUUUCCCUGUCAUUCCCGGGAACACCCUCAAAGCUCUCAGUGCUCAUGGACCUGUGCUAUUGAAAAGUGGAUGUGUUUUCAAGUCAAUUGCAAUGGAUGGGCAUGGUAGCAUGGGAUAGCAAGGCAAAAUGACUAUUGCAGCACGUAUCAUUAGCAGUCAAUAAAUGUUUUCAU